AUGCCUCCGAAGUUUGUUUCGUAUGAUAUGAUACGACUACCUUCAGCGCCUUCUGCAUCGAAAGUGGCGUUCAAGGAGAACGACUUUGUUGAGGUGUAUAGUCGUCCCGCAGACCGGUUGCUUGCCGGUUGGUACCAGGCAAAACUUUGUGGCAUAAAGGGUGAGUUUGUGAUAGUCGACUACACAACGAUGGAAUGCAAUCGAGAUGUCGUCAGUGUCGACAAAGUUCGUCCGGUGAAUCGCAAUCCUCCUUCGCUGCGACAAGACGCCCAUCAGGGUUUUGUGAAAUUUAUCCCGAACAUACUGGUUGACUAUGACAAGACAACUAAUGAACUCGUCGUGACAUCUUGUUACGACGUUGCGAUUAAUCGAGCGCAGCUUCUUUCAGAAAUAUAUAUGCGAAAUCUUAGGCAAAAAGUCGUACUGUUACAGCGCGCUGAAGAAGCAACAAAAAUGUUGCAGAAUACUUUAAUAUCCAGCUGCGAGCACACAGAAGAAUUUAUCGUUCCUUACGGUCUGAUGGGAUUGGCAAUCGGUUCACAUGGUUCGAACAUUCAGCAGGCCAGAUCGGUUUCCGGCGUAAUCGACAUUCAGAUCAGUGAACCGGGUGAAAACCAGCCGGUUUUGUUCAAAGUCUUUGCCGAAAAUGCUGACUCUGCGAAGCAGGCUAGAAAUAUGUUGGAAUUCGCUGAAGAGUCUUAUCACGUUCCUAGGGACAUGGUAGGCAAAGUAAUCGGCAAGAAUGGAAAAGUAAUUCAAGAAAUUGUGGACAAAUCCGGAGUGGUGAGAGUUAAGAUCGAGAGUGAUAACAACACUAACAAUGACUCGCGUUCAGAAGUUCCGUUUGUGUUUGUUGGAACGAUGGAAAGUAUUAGCAACGCAAAGUUCUUGUUAGAAUUUCACCUGCAGCAUUUGAAAAAACUUCUGGUGGCUCUAGAGGCCGUGGAGGUGGCUAUCGUGGACGAAAUCGAGGAGGAACGGCACCUGGCGGGCGCUAUAGCAGAGGUGGUGGAGUGGAGCUUCUUUGCUAAUCGAAGUACCUUAGACGGCUAUCGUGCCCUAGCAUUUAGCAUCUGA